AUUCAAAUCCUGAAAAAUCAAGCCAAUGUGCAACUCUGCAUGCGAGCAGCAGUCGACCGAUGGAGCUCAACGUGUACGCAUACUGGAGCCCACUUCGUCAAGUUCACCGUGGUGCAAUUGGCUAACGUGACUUUGUACUGACAUUGCUGGUUCAAAUCCCGUUGGUGCAUCCUACUGUUUACGACUUUUAGUUGUUUGCUAUCAACAACACGCCACUUUGAGAUUUGUACUGUCCACGUUACCCCGCCCGAGUCCAAGUUCAAGUGCUGCGCUGCGAUAAGGAACCAAUCCUAUGGGAACAAGCCCGUCGGCAUCGGCCAAACUGUAGACCAACGAAACUUCGAGGAAAGGAAAACAUCUCAGCAUGAGUUGUGCUAGUGUUUUGACCAGCAAGGACCUGCCGGAUAUUGAGAGCCUUCUGGCCCUCAAUCCGCGAGUCAAAACCCACGGCUCCCUGGUACCGACCACGGUGACCAAGUCGGUCAAGAAACACUGGAAACGUAACGCGGAUCGGUCCUGCACCAGCUGCACUCCGCUAACGAAUGAUUUCUCGGACAUCAAGCACACGACCCUGUCGGAAAGGGCCGCCCUUCGUGAGGCAGCUCGCUGUCUGAAAUGUGCCGAUGCUCCGUGCCAGAAGUCCUGCCCUACCCAAUUAGACAUCAAGAGCUUCAUAACUAGUAUUGCGAAUAAGAACUACUAUGGCGCUGCCAAGGCAAUUUUUUCGGAUAACCCACUCGGUUUGACCUGUGGUAUGGUUUGCCCUACCAGUGAUCUGUGCGUCGGUGGAUGUAAUCUGCAAGCAGCUGAGGAAGGUGGUAUCAACAUUGGAGGGCUGCAGCAGUUUGCAACGGAGGUGUUCAAGCGUAUGGGCCUUCACCAGAUUGUUCCACCGAAUGUUGCCCCGUUGAAGUUCCCGAACAAGAAGGUGGCUCUUCUGGGUGGAGGACCAGCUUCGUUAUCGUGUGCAACGUUUUUGGGACGUCUGGGUUACAAAAACAUCACUAUCUAUGAGAAGCGUAGCUACCUAGGUGGGUUGAGUUCAUCGGAAAUCCCGCAAUACCGUUUGCCGUACGAUGUGGUGGACUUCGAAAUCCAACUGGUUAAGGACCUUGGAGUUAAGUUCGAAACGGGAAGAGCGCUUUCGACCAAGGACCUUACCGUGAAGGGUUUACUGGAUGGAGGAAAUGACGCCGUGUUCUUGGGUAUCGGCCUGCCUACACCCAAGAUCGAUAAGGUAUUCGUGAGUCUAAAACAAGAAAACGGUUUCUACACGUCCAAGGACUUCCUCCCGCUCGUUUCGGAUGGAAGUAAACCAGGUUUAUGCGCAUGUAAAGCUGCUGCGGCGAAACUUCCAUCACUGAGCGGAAAUGUCAUCGUUCUUGGAGCCGGUGAUACGGCCUUCGAUUGCGCUACUUCUGCACUUCGCUGUGGUGCUCGUAGGGUAUUCGUGGUGUUCCGCAAGGGUAACAACAACAUCCGAGCUGUCCCGGAAGAGGUUGAAUUGGCUCGGGAAGAACGAUGUGAAUUUAUUCCUUUCAUGUCUCCCAAGGAGGUCAUUGUGAAAGAUGGAAAGAUUACAGCAAUCGAGUUCAUUCGCACGGAUCAAGAUGAGGCCGGAAACUGGAUUGAGGACCCAGACCAGACAACCCGACUAAAGGCAAAUUACAUCAUUUCUGCUUUCGGAUCCGGAUUGAGUGAUAAAGAUGUUAUCGAGGCACUGAACCCGGUGCCGCUAAACCGUUGGGGUCUACCCCAGGUGGAUUCCAAAACUCAACAAACUUUGGUGCCGGCCGUUUUCUGUGGCGGAGAUUUAGCUGGAGCUGCCGAAACCACUGUCGAGUCUGUCAACGAUGGAAAAACGGCCGCCUGGUACAUUCAUUGCUACCUUCAGGGCAUUCCGUUCGAUACUCCGGCUCAACUACCCCUCUUUUACACCGAAAUUGAUAACGUUGAUUUGUCUGUCGAAGUUUGUGGGGUGAAAUUCGAAAAUCCGUUUGGAUUGGCAUCGGCUCCUCCAACUACAGCUACGGCUAUGAUUCGUCGGGCUUUUGAGCAAGGUUGGGGCUUUGCUGUAACGAAGACCUUUGCCUUGGACAAGGACAUAGUCACCAAUGUGAGUCCACGUAUUGUUAGGGGAGUUACUGCGGGUCAUAACUUUGGACCGCAACAAGGCGCUUUCCUUAACAUUGAGCUGAUUUCGGAGAAGUGCGCCGAUUACUGGUUAACCGGUAUUACGGAGCUGAAGCGGGACUUCCCAACUAAGGUAGUUAUAGCUAGUAUCAUGUGUACCUACAACGAGGAAGAUUGGACCGAAUUGGCGAAACGCGCUGAAGCCGCCGGUGCCGAUAUGCUGGAGCUCAAUCUGUCUUGCCCUCAUGGUAUGGGUGAAUCUGGUAUGGGUUUAGCUUGCGGUCAAGAUCCGAAGCUGGUGUACAACAUUUCCUUGUGGGUUCGAGCAGCUGUGAAGAUUCCAUUCUUCGUCAAACUUACACCUAACAUCACCGACAUUGUGUCGAUUGCACAAGCCGCACAGAGAGGUAAUGCCGACGGGGUAUCGGCGAUCAAUACCGUUCAAGGCCUCAUGUCGAUCAAGGCCGAUACCACUCCUUGGCCAGCUGUUGGUAUCGAGAAGCGUACUACUUAUGGUGGAGUAUCUGGAAACGCUACCCGACCACAAGCUCUUCGUGCCAUUUCUUUGAUCGGCAACAAAAUGCCUGGAUUCCCGAUCUGCGGUAUUGGAGGUAUCGACUCAGCGGAUGUCGCUCUCCAAUUCAUCCAGUGUGGAGCUCCUAUUCUUCAAAUCUGCUCCUCGAUCCAGAAUCAAGAUUUUACUGUUGUCGAAGACUACAUUCUUGGUCUAAAGGCUUUACUAUACCUCAAAGCCAACCCUCCACCAGAGAGUCUCCAGUGGGAUGGACAAUCUCCACCGACUCAGAAACUACAGAAGGGCAAAGCGGUAGCUCCACUUCGCGACGACGACGGCAAACCUCUUCUACAUUUCGGCGAAUACAAGAAAAAACGCGAGGAAAAGUUGGCAAAACUUCGUCUGGAAAAUGGUGCUCUGUGGGACCCAUGCUCGGAAACAGUUCAAAACAAUGGUAAUCAUCAAAACAAUGGGUCCAACGGCACGAUCAACCCUGUCCCUAAAAUCAAGGACGUUCUGGGAGCUGCGCUGUCCAAGGUUGGAUCCUACAAAAGCCUGGAUAAUAAGAAGCAGGUCGUUGCUCUCAUUGAUGAUGACCUCUGCAUUAACUGCGGCAAGUGCUACAUGACCUGCGCCGAUUCCGGGUAUCAAGCGAUUGAGUUCAGUCCGGUUACCCAUUUGCCCCACGUUACGGACGAUUGUACCGGGUGCAAUCUGUGCCUUUCCGUUUGUCCCAUCAUUGAUUGUAUCAGCAUGGUGCCGAAGAAGAUUCCACAUGUGAUCAAGCGUGGAAAUAUUAAGCAGUCUGUUGGAAUUCAUGCUCUAUCGCCUUCUCAGUGAGCUGAAACUACGACGACAAUCUGCUCGAGGAAGCGAGCUCAACUCUUGGAUUCUGGUUUAUGGUUACCCUGAAUAAAAUAGGUCUAGUGUCGCAAAUAAACGUUUCGAUAUUCUCUUAAUAA